AUGGAGAAGGCUCUCAAACAUUGCAGGGGCAUCUACGGCAAUCAAACGAACGAAAGCUACACUUUCCUUCGGGCGUGGAACGAUUUGAAGCGGUCGGGAAGCUAUAUCUCUCUACCGAGACAGGCGAACUACUUCUGUGGUGCGCGACUCCAUCACUGGAAUUUUGUGGUUGGGAAAGUGGAGAUCGGAAGUGGGAGUCAUGAAGAGAAGCGAGAGGCUUUCCGCUUGGCUACGGUGAGUGCACUACAUUUUCUACUGAAUGCAGGCCGAGGAACCCGGCGUCCUCGUCGUCCAAGUGAAGUCAAGCGUGAGCGAAGCUCCGAGGCAACUCAAGUC